CCCAAAAGUCUGCCUAAAAACCACUGAAUAACAUUCUUUUCACCUUAACUCAUAACCUGAUAUGCCAUUGUGUCCCUUGUUGCCUGAAGUCAAGGGCAGGAUUAGAAAUAAGGGGAAGGCACAGACGCUGUGGCCAACAGGUCAAAGACCUGUUUGUUUUAAAUCUUCAGCCAAAACCCACAUUCACGCUCAGUCUCUGUGCUGAUCUCUCUGGUGCAGGCUUUUCAGGAACCGGGACACCACCAGCCGUGAUGCAGCGGGCUUUGUUCAGCCGGAGCGCGCUGCUCGCCCAGCAGGCAGCAGCGGCCCUCGACAGUCCACUGACAGCAAGGAGCGCUCCGCUGCUGCAGCGCCUGGACCGCUCCAUGUCCUCCGUCACUAUCCCACCGCCGGCCUGCAUGCUACGGCCGCUGGAGGCCCCUAUGCGAUAUCUGUUCGGACCAGGACCCUCAAACGUACCUCCACGUGUCUUAGCUGCAGGAGGAAGACCAAUCAUUGGUCACCUGCAUCCAGAAAUGUAUGAGAUCAUGAAUGACAUCAAGAAAGGGAUCCAGUACGCCUUUCAGACAGAAAACAACAUGACGAUAGCAAUGAGCGGCUCAGGGCACGCGGCUAUGGAGUGUGCAGUGUUCAACACGGUGGAGCCCGGAGAGAGCGUGCUCGUUGCCAUCAACGGAAUAUGGGGAGAGCGCGUUGCCGAAAUCGCGGAAAGAAUGGGUGCCAAUGUACACAGAAUGGUAAAAACACCUGGGGGAUAUUUCAGCAAUAAGGAAAUUGAACAGGCCAUGGAAAAACACAAGCCUGUUCUGUUCUUCCUCACACACGGAGAGUCCUCGGCUGGCCUCUGUCACCCAGUAGAUGGAAUUGGAGACAUCUGCAGGAAACAUAACUGCCUCUUCCUGGUCGACACAGUUGCAUCACUUGGUGCAGCACCAAUUUUUAUGGACAAGCAAAAUAUUGACAUCCUGUACACUGGUUCUCAGAAGGCUCUGAAUGCACCUCCUGGCACAGCACCUGUCUCCUUUAAUGACAGAGCAUGCAACAAGAUGUUCAACAGGAAAACAAAGCCAGUCUCCUAUCUCUUUGAUAUGACUCAUUUGUCCAACUACUGGGGCUGUGAUGGCCAACCAGCCAGAUUAUACCACCACACUGGUCCUGUGUCUGGAUUCUUUGCCCUGAGAGAGAGUCUGGCCAUUCUUGCUGAAAAGGGGCUGGAGGAGUCCUGGAAGAAACACAAAGAGGUGGCAGCCUACCUAUACAGAGGACUGGAAGACUUGGGUCUCAAGCUCUUCAUCCCUGAUCGGGACUUGAGGCUUCCCUCUGUCACCACCAUUGCCAUCCCUGAAGGCUAUGACUGGAGGGGGCUGCUGACCUACAUUAUGAAAAACCAUCAGAUGGAGAUGACUGGAGGCCUAGGCCCCUCCAUCGGCAUGGUGAUGAGGAUCGGAUUGAUGGGAUACAACUGUGAGAAGAGUAAUGCUGACAUGGCACUGCACGCCCUGGCAGACGCGCUCAAGAACUGCAAAAAGAGCAAGGCUUAAGGAAACACAAUCCCAGACCACGGAUCCUAUAUGCAUUCAUACAAGAUUGAAACACAACACCCAUUCAAUUAACACACAUUUUAGGUUUUUUUUCUGACUUUUGUUUGACUGUAGAGAUUGUACAAAAAGCUGUUUAGAUGCUUAUCUUGGAUAAGCAUGCUAGUUUUGAAAUAAAGGAGUAAAUAGUGUCACGUCACGAUUCCUGCUGAGUGCACUGAAAUAUGUCAAUAAAGUGUGCUUUAUUUUAUCAAACAA